CUCUGAUUAGCGUAACAAGAAGUCAAAGUUUGUUUUGUAGCAUCAACACACAUGUUCUAGUCAGAAAGUGAGUGAAUUGGCACAGCGUAACAACUCUCAAAGAAAGAUCAACAUCCUUUGCACGAUGUACUCAAUCAACUUUGUAGUGCUAAGCUUCGUGGCAGCAGGUCUCUGUUAUGAAGUUCGGCCCGUAACUUAUCAACCUGGAAGUGUUUCACAACUUGAAACCGACAAUCCAUCUACGACACCUUACUCAGGCAGUCAAGUUGAUGAAGACUGUAACUGUGUUCCGUACUAUCUUUGCAGCAAUGAACAGAUCAAAGAAGCUGAGAUACGAGAAGGAACUGGAGACAUUAAGUUUCCAAACGACCAGUGUGAAAAUGAAUACGAGAUUUGUUGCGAACUAGAGGUAAUGAAACCAGUAAACAAUCUUCUCAAUAUCUCAACUCCUGCGAAAAACAGUUCCAAUAAUAAUAGCAGUGAGGACAACAGAAAAGUGUGAAGGAAUUGAUGUGUGCUGCAAAACUAUCAACGGAAAUAACAUUGCUCUACCUGUACAGAACACAACUAUGUAAUUGAAGUAUACUUAGCUUAUGUGUAAUUUGUUAAUCUAAUAAUAAAAUGUACAAAUUAUUAAUAAUGUUAUGUGUAUAUUUGUUUUGUUUGUAUAUAUACUAUUUUAUCAAUCAUUAAUAAAAUGUGUAUCUUUGUCGUUGUACCAGCU